CCAACCUUUAAAGCCCAUUUGGGAAAAAGAAAAAAAAGAAAGCAGCGCCGCGCCGAAAACUUGAUAGGCACCUCUACCUACCUUGGACAUAUUUUAAUUAAUUGUUCAACACGACAACAUCCCAACAAUAUCCCAACAACACCGAAGCCUCCUCCUUCAAGAUGUCGAACCUCGCAGCGGGCGACGCGCAGCUCUUCGAAGAUACCUUCACGGUGACGGCCUACGACCAGUCCAAGUACGACCGCGUCGCGCGCAUCAGCGGCACGUCGACCGACAACCUGACGACCAUGCAGCUCGACAUCAACAUCGAGCUGUUCCCCCUCCGCGUCGGCAGUAACAUCGAGGUCGUGCUGGCUACUAGCCUGUCGCUCGACGGCACCAAGGACGAGGAGGAAGAGAAGGGAUGGCGUCACGUUCGCAACGAGUCUUCCCUCGCCGAUAUGUACGACUACGUGUGCCACGGCAAGAUCUACAAGUUUGAGGACGGUGUUGAUGGUCAGACCAUUCGCGCGUACAUCUCGUUUGGCGGCCUAUUAAUGAUGCUGGAGGGACCAUACAAGAAGCUAACGCCGUUGCGCGUCGACAACACCUACCUCCUGGUCAAGAAAUAAGCUACCGUUACGUGAAACUUUUUUUCUCGCCCAUUAGCGAGACCACGGCUGAUUCAGGAGUUAAUAAGAGUAAUACUUCAAAAGCCGAAAUGCAGAGAAGAUGGAUGUUAGCAUAUUACAGCUACGCUUGAGAUACCAAUGGACGCUGGUUGCGGCCAAAUUCAUGAACUAAGGCUAUCUAUUUUAGUAGUAAGUCGUGCUGCUUUGACGAUAUUUAGAUCGCUGGUGGGGUAUUCAAAAAAUUAGAGAGGCGCAAUCA